AUGGCCGACCAAAUCAGAGGAAAACCGCAGCUGUUACCUGAUGACGAGGUGCCUCCUCUCACCCAUGUCAUCCCAACCAUUUUCGUCCCGCUCCAAGAUGAUCUCUUGAAGCCGAUAGAGCCGGCCAAAGACAGAGUCGAGCGCAUGCAGCGGAUGAAGGCAAGCCUCGACGCCAACGAGAUGAAAGUGCGAGACAACAUCAACUGGUUCUACGAGCGCGAGGCGCGGCGACAUGUGACGGAGGCCCAAAAGUCCGGCGUGCUCUCCCAACCGCGUCAAACGGCUACCUUGACCUGGGAGGAGGCAGACCGGCACCUUGCGAACAUUUCAGCAGCACCGGCGAACCCCAACGUCUCCUAUCACCUACCACCAGAGAAGAUCGCCGAGUUCCAGCGCUACGACCAACAGAAUGCUGGGCAGCUGCCCCCGGACGGUCUGUCUCCCCAUGAGAGACUGGCUCGGGAGGUGCUCGCCAUAGCCCACCGUGGAGUCAGAGAUAUGGAGGAGUACAGCGCGUGCCAUAUCAAAGGAAUUCGCGAUCAACUCGACAACAGCAUCGCGAGGGAGAAGCGGGCGCAUGACUGGGCAUAG